AUGAGUUUAUUCCUGGGUAAAGAGUUUAACUCAAAAGUGGAAUUUGAAAAGGCUUGUGAACAAUAUGAGCUCAAAACUGGGCGAAAAUUUUCAUUUUCAUCCAAUUAUAUUGACACGCGUCAUUUAAAGAAACCAAUCAACAAUCCUAAACUUGAGAUUUAUCAUUGUCUUGCUACGUGUGUUCAUCAUGGAGCGCCUAGAGAAUUGAAAAAAAAAAAAGUAAAAAACCCUACCGUCAGGACCUAUUGUCCAGCUUAUUUUAAGAUGAACAUCCAUAAUAAUGAAACGCUGAGGAUUUACAAAUGGAAUAAAGAGCACAAUUGUGAAACCGUACCUGCUUCUAUUGCCUCUUCAUCUAGCGUUUCACAACAGCAUCAACAACAACAACAAUUGAGCAAAAUAAUGCCACCAGAGAAUUUUCGUCUGCAAAAACGUAUUCAUGAGUCAGAUUCAUCGAGUAGCGAUGAAUUCGCGAAAUCACCGUCACAGUCACCGUCACAGUCCCGUUCAAAGUCUUCUCAGUACUUACAAAAGUCCGUAUUAUCAUCAAGAUGUCCGUCAAAAAAGAGGCGUCUCCCUCUGUCUCCUAUCCCAGUCCCUCAAAAGCAUGCCGAUCUGCCAUUUAAUUCGGAGAAAAGUACAGAUGAAGAUAUUUCCGAAAAAGAUGAUGAAGGAACAUCUGUUCAGUCUCCACCUUACUCUCCAUUAUCUUCACCUAUAAAACAGCACGAUGGAAAUAAUGCAGAUGCGACGUACAGUCUCUCAGAACAUUCUAUUAUCUUUGAAGAAGAUUUGCCUGUUAUAACAGAGGGUGAAAACAACGAGAUACUGCAAGUACUUCUAAGAGGCUACAUUCAAGCUUCAACACCUGAAGAUUCACUGGUUGAAUAA